AUGGUUUGGUGCGGAAUUAGUUCUGAUGGACUUGUUGGUCCGUAUUUUUUUAACGAUACUGUUACUGGCCCAUUGUACAAAGAAAUGCUGAUCAAUUAUGCAUGGCCUCAGUUAAGACGGAAAAACUAUUACUUCCAGCAUGACGGUAGACGUGGUCCAUAUGAUUGGCCAGCUCGUUCACCAGAUUUAUCUUCAUGUGACUUUUUCCUCUGGGGAUAUUUGAAAGACACGGUGUUUAAACAGCCACUUACUUCCAUUCAAGAACUUAAACAGAGAAUCGAAGAAGCUUGUGUACAGAUACCAGAAGAAAUGUGUCGCAAAUUAGAUGAUGCAACAUAUUUGUAUGUCAAUACAAUCGACAUUUUAUGUGUUAUAAAUAUGUUUGGCACGUAUCAUGCAGCUAAAGAAUUAAAUUUAACAUCGUUCAAAGUACCCAAAAAUUCAGUAACACUUGGAACGCUUCCAUAUGAAAUACAUCCACAACAAAAUAUUCGUUGUAUAAACGAUCUUCAAUUAAAAAGUGGACAUAUAUAUGCUUCCACAUCAUAUUUACUAAAAUAUCAAACAUCAACGGAUGUUGAUAGUGUUAGUUUUCGAGUAACUACAAAUUUGUGUGAUCAUGCAGUAAUAGCAAAAGAAUUUAAUGUAGCAUUGCGACGUGUUGAAUCAUUUCAAAGAGAUCACAUUCAAAAAAGUAAAGAAUUUUUAAUAUUAUUUACAAGUAUAUUCAAAGUUUUCCGUUGCUUUGGACCUUCUAUUCUAAUCUCAGUACUUGAAGUGGCUUCAUUUGUAAAUGUGAAAGUAGUUGAAAAUAUGCUGCAUUUAUGCUCACGGGCAUUUGGUUAUCAGUUAUCAGAUAACAAUAAAGGAAAAUCAGAAGCACUUAUCAAUUAUUAUUUAAAACAUAAACAUACAGUUGAUAAAAAAAUAUCGAUUCAAAUGUUAACACCGGAUUCCCAAUUUUGCAUAAUGAGCUUAAUUAUGUGUCAUCAUUGA